AUUGUUUUACAUAUUUUCCAUUAAAGAUAAUUAUACUUUAUAGAUAAAUGCAUUGAUAUGCAAUGGAUAACUGAUACCUUCGUAAUAAUCUAUAAAUCGAAAUGCAAAUAUAUUAAUUAGUUUAAUUAAUUUAAAUCGUACGGUUCAUUUAUUUUGAAAACAUCUUAAGAUUACAUAUGUUAUUCAUGUUAAUUAGUGCAAGCUAUGAAUAAACUGUUCAAAAUAUUAUAAUGGAUCAGGUUGCCCCAGAUUUGGGUUCACCAAAAUUAAUAUUAAAUAGUCCAUUACGAACUCAAAACACAACAGGAUCGAAUAAGCCAAACUGGAAUCCGCCAACACCAACAAUAAAUGCUUCACCAACUAAAAUUCCAUUUACCGCUCCACCAUCUGCGGUUGCUGGAGAUUUAAUUGGUAGUGUACAAUUACAAAAUUGUGUUGCAACAGUUUCACUAGGAUGUGAACUAGAUUUGGCUACGAUAAAUUCCCGUACUCGUAACUCAGAAUACAAUCCAUCCAGGUUUCAUGGCGUGAUAAUGCGGAUACGAGAACCAAGAUCAACAUCUUUAAUAUUUCGUUCUGGAAAAUUAGUGGUCACUGGUGCUAGAAACGAAAAUGAUGCCCUACUUGCUACAAAAAAAUUUGCUCGAAUUAUUCAAAAAUUAGGUUUUUCGAUCAAAUUUACGGAUUUUAAAGUACAAAAUUUGGUUGCAACUUGUGAUUUACGCUUUCCCAUUAAAUUGGAGAAUUUAUAUCAUGCACAUGGACAGUUCAGUUGUUAUGAACCCGAACUAUUUCCUGGAUUAGUGUAUCGAAUGGUAAAACCUCGAUUGGUGUUACUUAUAUUUGUAAAUGGAAAAAUUGUAUUCACAGGCGCAAAAAAUAGACAAGACAUAAAAGAGGCAUUUGAUAAUAUUUAUCCAAUCCUAAAAAGUUUUCGCAAGAAUUAAAAUUAUUAUUUCAUUUACACACUGUUAUUUAUUUUAACCACAUCCUGAAGUACAAAUCAAAACGUAUUCGUAUUCCGUAGCCUCCCAUAUUUCAAGGAAUCGGAUGAUACAAAUAUAACUGGCCAUUAGCUAUGUUGUAUGAAGUGCAGAGAGUAUUUAUGGUUGUGGGAAUAUAAGUGGAAAACGGCCACUGAUAAUAUGGACCCUUCAGAAUAAGAAAAUGUGUCAUCCUUCUCCAAGAUCCAAAACUAAUGUGAAAAAAAUAAAAGCUUCAUUUAAGUGGAACACAAACAAAAGUCUGGUAUAGCAACAAAAUAUACCAUAAGGGGCCAUUCAUUAAUUAUCUAAGGAGGCGGGGGGUGUAAAAAUGUCCUUGUCUAAGGGAGGUGGAGUAAAAUUCAUUCUUACGUAAUAUUUGGUAAUAGAAACUUAAUAUUAGAAAUCUAGUUCCAUUUCGGAUGAAAAACUCGUUAUGUAAUCCCUCAUCAGCAUAAUCUUCCCCCUCCUUUAGUCUUUAAAAAGAUUUCAAUCCAAAUUU